UUUCCAUUUGUUCCGCUCGCUCGGGUUGACUUUACUGUGUGUUCCGUUGAAACCUGUCCGGCGGAAGUUGUGAUCAGGGCCUCGUCACAAAAGCAAUGGCGAGCGGUAUCGGCAAACACAAGAUACUGAAUGUGGGGCCGACGGAGCCCUGGUCAGUCAGGGAGAAAUUGUGCCUGGCCUCCUCUGUUAUGAGGAGUGGAGACCAAAACUGGGUAAGUGUAAGUAGAGCCAUCAAGCCUUUCGCAGAGCCUGGCCGUCCACCAGACUGGUUCUCACAAAAGCACUGUGCCUCACAAUAUUCAGAACUGCUGGAAGCUACUGAAGCCCCUAAGCGUAAGCGCGGUGAGAAGGGUGAGGUGGUCGAGACCAUUGAAGAUGUCAUCGUUCGUAGGCUGACCGCUGAGAGAAUAGAAGAGUUAAAAAAACUUAUACGAGACACACAAGAGCAGUACAGGAAGUUGAAGAAGGAGGUGGAUCUGAUACAGAUGGGUCACAUGGACUCACAGCUGAAAGAGCUUUGGGGAGAGAUCACACUAAAGAAGAAGCAGGACGAGGAGGAAGCAGAGCAGAAGAGGAAAGCCACAGAAAUGGCGUACCAAGCUCGCCAGGCAGUGAAAAACACACCCAAGCGUCUGCCCAGUGUGACUGUACGGUCUCCCCUGGGUGCCAGCCCGCCAACGCAGGAUUCUCAGACUGACUCUUCAGCGCCCACUCCACCUAUGGAUACAGGAGCUGGUGUCUCAGAAGAUACAACCACCACCCACUCAGUUGCUCAGGGGGUAGGAGUGUUUCUGCCAGCAGCAGACCCUCCAGGACCUGGGCCCAAAGACGGUGGACUCGCUGCUCUAGUAGAUGACUCUCCACAGAAAAGGCUCCUAUCCCAGAAGGCCACACCGCCACCCUCACCUCUACUGUCAGAACUGCUGAAAAAAGGCAACCUCAUCUCAGCCAGCCCUCGCCUGGUUGCAGAGGGCGACUCAACUGGAAGCCUAACUAAUGGCGUACAGACUGCUACGGCAGCCACUGCCUUACCACCUGGUCAUGACAUCAUCACAGAGGGGGAAGCAGAGGCCGCAGUGAAGGCAGAGCUCGGUGAGGACACGGGAUUAGUAGAAGAAGACCUCGUGGCUGUGUCUUACAUUGGUGAUGAACUGGACCUGGAGACAGUGGGAGACAUCAUUGCCAUCAUAGAGGAGAAGGACGAUGACCCUGUGGCUUUGGAUGCAGCUGCGGUGGAAGCAGCUCUCUCUCUGUGCGAAGAGGCCGUGUCAGAAGGUCACACCCUCCCUGGCCCCUGGGAGACGCAGGAGCUAAAAGCUUCAGAGCCCACACCCACCAUCCAGGAGUCAGCGCCCCCACAGACACCUCAGGAUAUGGCUGCAACAUUAGCCCCGACACCUGCCAGCCAGGAGACACAAAACCAGCCAGAUACUAAAAGGGAAGAACCGCUUAAGGGAAACUAUGAAGGACCUGAGGUGACAGGAAGUGAUGUCACUUCUUCUGUCACCUCUGAUGAUGGUGUAGCAGCAAGUGAAGUCGCAGAGGAGGGGCCCGUGGUCAAAGAAGUCACUGAAGCUACAGUGAAGAGUGAAGGAGAGGAGUGGAGUCAGCCUGAACCCAACCCACCAUGCUUAGACUCUGAGGACAGCUCUGUGUCCGGGAAAGAGUCCAAGGAGGUGAAGGAGGAGGAGGCAGGGAGCGAGGGCGACCCCGAAGAAGCUAUGGAGCUGAAGGAUGAGUGUGGAGAGGGGGAGGGUCCAUAUUUAUCUGAGGUGGAUCGGGCAGCAAGUGAGAGUGAGGAUGGAUACGGCCCGCCCUCCCAGCGCUACACUGCUGAUUCACUGGCCAGCAGCCCGGCCUCUUCUUCCCAGCUCUCUACAUGUGGCGAAGACCAGGAGGCGGUCCAGGCGCAGAAGAUCUGGAAGAAAGCCAUUAUGCUGGUGUGGAGAGCUGCAGCCAAUCACAGGUACGCCAGCGUCUUCCUACAGCCUGUGUCAGAUGACAUCGCCCCAGGUUACCACAGCAUUGUACACAGACCCAUGGACCUGUCGGCCAUAAAGAAGAACAUCGAGUCCGGUGUUAUCCGUACCACCGCUGAGUUCCAGCGCGACAUCAUGCUGAUGUUUCAGAAUGCCGUCAUGUACAACUCGUCGGACCAUGACGUGUACCACAUGGCGCUGGAGAUGCAGCGCGACGUCCUGGAGCACGUCCAGCAGUUCCUGGCCACCCAGCUCAUCAUGCAGACCUCAGAGAGCGCCAUCUCUGCCAAGAGCCUCCGAGGCAGGGAGGGAAAUCGUAAACCAGGAGAGCCAGCCGAGAAGGACAGUGUCCCAAUGGCCUCUCCUGCUUUCCUUCUCUCUCUUUUUGAUGGAGGCACUAGGGGGCGGCGGAGUGCCAUGGAGGCUGACCUCAAGAUGAAGAAGUAGUGCAAGAGGGGGCUGAGAGCUGCUCUUCGAAUGUUGCAGCUGAUUGCUUUCUGGUCACUUUGGUCGUUUUCUGAAGAGGACUGUGCCGUCUCCAUGUGCCUGGUUUUUGUGUGCACACACACACACACACCUAUGCUAAGGUACAUAAGUGUGUGUGUGUCUGUGUGUCUGAGAGAGCUGCACAGCGUUUCCUCCUCUCCCAUUCAUGGGGCGCCAUGGGAUGUUGCACCAAUUUUCCCAAGAAUCAUUUCACCAGCACGGGUAGCGGGGUCAUAAUUUGCCCCUGCUGCAACACAACAAGGACUUUGUGGAUAGAGAACAAUACUUUCACCAGCAACAGUUUGUUUGGGAUCAGAUGGGAACGGGCCAGUUCUACUUGGCAGGUUUGAUCACUUUGAGUCGUGCGUACGUCCUGCACCCGAUUAUGCUCAGUCCCUUUGGGCUGAACAGACGUCAACAACGAAGAUGGCCACAUGAGCAACCAUGAUGUAUAGUUCCACAAAUUCAAAGCGAGUCUUCUAGUGCCGCAUGUUGGGCUGACACCACCCCGAGCUAAGAAAUCUAUUAGUUUGACCACUGCUAAAGCAUAAUGGUAAAAUAAGAGUGAGUUACUUAAAAUAUUUCAUAAAAUAGAUUUCUGAUUUUUUUUGGUUUCAAAAUUGUGGUUUGUGUCUUCUAUUAAUAGUAAUUUAAUUGAUUUGAUUCAAUCUGUUGGCCAGUGUAUACCAGUGCAUGUUUCAGCCCAUUAAACUGCAGAUUUUUCACCUUUCUACUGAUCGUACUUCUGAGUACAAUUGAUAAUAAGGGUAAUUAUAUAUAUAUAUAUAUAUAAAAUUCAGCCACAGGUUAAACUUAUAUCACAGAAGCAGGAAACUCUGACUCUCAACACUGAGCAGGGCUGCUACUGAUGUUUGGCAACAAGCUCUUAACCCGAGGUAUCGGCAGCACCAAAAAGAGGCUUUCAAAACAUUACCCGGCUCUUGCAGAUAUUUAAUUAGGUUGACCUCAAAUGUUCAAGCCCUUAUACUAGGAAAUACACUAAGGCCUAAAGUUGCCCUUGAAGACAGGAAGCAGCUUUAAAAACCAGUGGUUUGUGAAAAAACAGCUGUUAUUUAAUGGGCUUUAACAGUUUGUUGCUGAAUCAUUGCCACUUAUUUAGGCUGUGUAUAGAGCACAGGAAAUGUUUUUGUAAUGCGUGUCAAGGAGUGAAGUUUUGUACUGGAAAAGGUUCAUGUAGUUGUGUUUGGGUAGCUGAUACAUUUGUGUAAAUUUGUUAAUAAAGAUUUGAUCCAAA